UUAUUAAAUAAUUUAUACGACAUUUAAUCGUAAUUUUGUCGAUGCAUUUGUGUGCGAAUACUUCCAUAUCUAUUCUUCAUUAAAGAAGCGUGAACAUUCUACGAAAUGCAUUUUCAAAACUUGUUUCUACGACGCUCGCUUUAUCGACAAUAUCUCGCCCCGCGAAUCGUUAACUUUUACGACCAAGUCGCGAAUUGUAAUUUUAAUUUUGGUUUUCGACGGUUUUUUGGUUUUAAUUGAAGGGUUCGAAUAUUCGGUCGUAUAUACCUCAUAUAAUCGCCAUGUGAAGGUCCGGUGCCGGACGCGCUGUUCAAUUACAAAACGACGCGGAUUUGCUGAUGCGAAAGAGAAUUUCAAUUAGGCGUUAAUGGACGAGAUAUGAGAUUUUUGUUGCGUUAAAGCGGAACAUCCGAUUACCGGCUUGUAAAUCUGUCAUGCGCAACAAUAUUGUGCGCGACGUUAUUCUGAUCUGCGCCGGAAGAUUUAGAGAAAUAUUCCAACAAUAAUGUGGAACUUUGGAAUUUGUCGUUUCUGAUUAUCUAUCAUAUUACAAUUAAUAUUAAAUACAUUAAUGCACGAUGGAUUUGCACGAAAUCUUAUUACAAAAUAAUUUUUACAAAAAAAUUUCUAUAAUUACAAUAGCGAAUUUAAACAAUAAAUUAUCGUUAUUUUCACUUUAAUUUUUAAUAAAAUUUAUUUAUCAAAUAUCUAAUUUAAUUCACAUAGAUUAAAAAUUCAUUAUUAUAAUAUUAUUCCGAGAAUCUUUUAAAUCGAAUCGAUAUUUCGAUCUGUGGUAACGUAAAAAUUUGAAAAAUUUCUUAUGCUUGCUCCACGCAGCCUGUAAUAUAUUUCUUGCCUUCCGACGGAGACAUACGCUACGCGAAACUUUUUACGGCCACUCAAAUCAAAUUCGCUUUUUUCACAACAAUUUGUCCCUUCUUAGUAAGGAAAAGCGGGUGGGUGUGUUAGCGAUAAGAGCCAAGCGGAAACUUAAUUGAGCGGGAUUUCGCAAAAGAAGCGAACUCGAAGGAUGUAUCAUUAAAGCGCGCGUCUGUCCCCAUUUGCCUCCUCACCCUUAACUCGGUAACCCAUAUUUCACGGCAGCACUUAUUCUAGCCAUUCUCCUUUCACAAAGCCACUCGUUCCACACAAAAAUACUCACGAGUAAGCGAACCCACUAUAACCUAGAGUACUCUUCGCGAAAAAUCUCAGCGCGUUACCCCUAUCGCAUUUAUGUAUACAGGAUAUAGCUAAGUCGAGGAUACUCUCAUAUACGCUCAUAUACACGCGUGCGAUAUAUUAGAGACCAAAGAGGCUUUCUCGCGAAGUUUGAAGUUAGCAAUCUUUAUAUUAAGCUGUUAGGGAAAAUAGGUUUCUGCUUCUUUUUUCUAUAUAAUUUUUUCUAUAUAAUUUUUUUUUUUUUUAAUUGACAUUUCUUUUGCCGAGCGAGUAUAGAUAUCACGUAUGUAUUUUGAAAUACGUGCACCGUCUAUGAUGAGUGAUGACAUGUCUUCAUAUGCGCGCAUGUAAGAGUGAAACUUUUUACCAGAUUGCGGGAUGAAAUAGAAGAAGCGAAAGGGUGAAAAGUGACGACGAAGAGGAUGAAAUAUUGUGACAAGAAUUCGGUUUCUUACGACUGCCCCUUUCUUUUCGCGGUUUUCCGUGCUGGCAGAGUUUCCGUUUUCAGUUUCGUAUUUUUAUGCCGAAGACGACGCUGGCUUAGAAGAAUUCGCUUUAUUUAUAAAUUAUAGGUCGCCGUCUUUUCGAGAUGAUUUCUUUACAGCGAUACGAAUACCAAAUUAUAAAAGUUAUUACUCUUUACUGACGCGUUUAUAUAUUUUACACAAAAUGUUUAAAGUAUAAGCACGUUUUAAAUAGUAAUUAAAGUGGACGGUAAUCAAUAGAUAUUAUUGCUGUAAAUUCUUUUAUUUUAUUUAAAAAUGCCUAACGUGCAAAUGUGAAAUCCGUCAGUUUAAAUCAUGAAAUUUAAUAACGUUUAUCGUAUUAACAUCUCGAUUGAAUUUUACAUCUUAAAAAGAAAAGUAGUUACGAAAAUCUGAAUUGUGGUCAAUCGAUGAAUUUGUGAGAGACGCGAAAUCUCCUCGUAUAAAACGAAUACCAAAGAUAGAAAACACGGAAUACGGAUCAAGUUCGUAUAAGCAGUCUUCAAAGGCCGGAUUGUUGUUCGUUCCUCAUUUAGCGUUCCCUGCCUGUUGUGGUUAACGUGUGUCUACUAACGAACCUAUUGUGGCAUCUCGGUCAACGUUUGGUCCAGUAAUCCCUUGUGUGGCUUGGAACUUUAACAGUGCUCCGUGUGGACGCGUAGAGAGAUCCCUAAAUACGCAUUCUAUCUUGAAGGAUUCGUUAUACGUCCGAUUGGAGUAUAUAAUUCGCAAUGAUAUAUCUGCGACGAGCUGCAAUCGCAGGGAGCUCCACGGCACUUCGCGAGAGUGGCGAUGAGUGGAACGAAUCGCCCGAGUGUGCCGGCGGUAGAAUUAAUUACGACACGAAUCGGUUAUAUCUACGACACCUGCAAGCCAAAUUAGUUCGUAAAACGGUAGAUGAUAUACGAUCUUAGUGUUUAUUCUUGAAAAUAGCUCGCGGUGGAUCCAUGAUUUAUAGACGUGGCAGAUAAAGAUUAAAUUCGUAAUUAAAGCGAGAUUUAUCAUCCAAAUUUCACGAUGAUCCUUCGCUAGCAACAAGUUUCACAAAAGCAUAUUACUAGCGACGAAUGAAACAAUGAGGCGCUAACAAUUAUUAUGCAAUCACAGUUAAUAUAUGUGUCCGAAAGAUAUAUUUAAUAAAGAAUGAGCGGUAAUUGUGCUAACACGAAUUUAUCUUCGAUCAUAACUCUCAGAUAAUAUAUGUGUAUCUAUAGUGUGGCACGUCAUAUUAUUAGUCGACUGCAGCUUUCAGAAACCGCAAAUCGUAUAUCGUGGAAGUUAUUAUUGUUUCAGACUAUCUCAUUGAAUUAUACCAUUAUAUCGAGCUGUGUAUGUAUUUUCUUUUCUCUCUCUUUGACGCUUAUAGCUUUUAUAAAAUAUCGUUGUCAUGGUACAACCUAUAUUUUUUCUUUGUUAUAUCUUCAUUAAAAAAAAAAAUGUCACCGCUGGAAAAAUUCCUCUGUUUGAAACGUGUUAUAAGGGACGAUUCGAUCUUUAUUAAUCAAAAAUGCCGAUUAAUUUUUCAUGCAGUCCAGCUGCGUUGAAUUUGUAUGUACUUUAUGACGACUGCUCGUGCGUUUCAAUAGCUCUCGAGACAGUGCGCUUUCGUUUACUUUAUAUAUGUAACAAGGCACCUUUCGCGAGGAAAUUUUUAGAAAAUUACAAGAUCCGUCGAAUUACAGAGCGCGCACGACAAUAAAACAUGAUUAUUUCCGGAUUAGUUUUAGAUUUCUAUGUGGCCCGAGUCGAUUGAGUUUCGCGUAUCUUGCGCGCAGACAGAUUAUAUAUCCAGUAUAUAAGACCAGUGUCAUCUAACUGCGGAGUUUUCCUUCGUCGAGACUGGCCCGUCCUUUCUUCCUUCCUUCCUUUCUUCCUUCCGUCGGCGCUCGGCUCGCUCGCCAACGAAGCGCUUUUAUUAUUUCGCUUUGUGCGCCGGGUUAUAGCAAAUGAUUUAUCUACCGGCAGCAACGGCGCGGCAUCGCUGCCUCAUCGGAACUUCGCGUAAUCCCGUUCGACGGCCGCCCACUAGAUCGAAUAAGUUUCGGUAUUCGUGCAAAUCUACCGCUGUUUCCAUUUGUAUCCAUCAACUAGGAAAUAGUUGCAUCGGACACAGUAUCCGAGCCAGGAGGAAUCAUGGAUAAUGCAAGAAACCUCGACGAAACAUUAUUCAUCCGACAAUUUGUGAAAAUCUGGUGGUCAGUGGCUAUUGACCUUGCUUCUGUUAUGAAAUAUUUCAAAAGUAACUAUUAUAUGAUAUUAAGAUUAUUAAGAUAACGAAGGAAUUAAAUUUGGUUGAUUGAAAUUGUCAUUAGUGAUAAUUUAAUCAUUGUGCAUUAUUGAAGUUUAGUUUACGUUUUGAAAGUAUUAAGAAAUAUUUAUUUUUUUUAUUCUUUGCGUAGUCGCUUGAUUACUGUAGGCAGUUCAUUCAUGACGCGAAGAGUACGCGAGUACAUACAAUAUAACGAUUAUUUAUUUUGCUUGACGAAAUAUUUAACUUACAACCACGUGUGCAGAAAUGUGCAGUGAAGUGGUGAGUGCACCGCAAAUAUAUUUGAAUUUGAAACAUUGAAAAUAAUAUUGGAGAGAAAUUCAAAGUUCUGCGUUCAAAGUUUAAUUUUUAUUCGCUCUUAACUUAUCUCAAGCAAGGAAAAUGUUGACGACAUGCAUUGUUUAUGCGAGGAGUUUGAUAUCGCUGUUGAACAAGUUACCUAAGAUAUCAAUAACUUAUAUGUUCCUUCUGGAGGUAUAGCUUACAUCAGCACGGCGAUGCGAUCGAUAAACGCCUGCAUAAAACACGGAGUGUAUAAAAUACAUAUAAAAUACAUAUAAAAUUGUCUCGAUAUAUAGAAAAGUUAGGACAAGAAUUUACGUAGACCACAUCGUGGGUGAUUCUUGAGCUUGAGGACGAGGUUAAUACUAAAAGAUAUAAAAACAUGAAAAUUAAAAAGUCAAAAAUUCAUUGUCUUUUAUCCACUUGUUUUUCAUUUAACUGCUUUGGAAUUAUGUAAAGAGAUAGUUAUUUAAUACUUGAUUAAUCUAAUUCAUUAUGCUGCAUAUUUAAAAAUUUUUUUUAUGAAAUUUUUAUUUGAAUUAUUUGAGAAUGAUGUAAUUUUAAUUAUGAUUAAUCAAUUAACACAAUUAUAAACUAUACAACAAAAACGAGAAAAUUUUAUUUUGUUAUGUUUUUAAUUUUCAUAUAACGGUGCACAUCGAAAAUGUUCUUUUUUUAUUAUUUUCAAUGUAAAAUUGCUUCGUGACAGUAAUUAAGCCAACGAAAAAUAAUAAAUAUUUAGUACGAUGGAGAAAUGUACAACUUUAUUUACAUUUUUUAUUUAUUUUCGGUUUCUAAUUGAUUUUUAGAGAUUAGAUAAAACCAAUAUUAUUAUACAUAUAUCCACUUUACAUUAUUCAGCAGUUUAAGCAGAUGUUCUUUGUGCAAUUGUUUGGCUUAAAUAAGCAAAUUUUAUUUAAAUUUUUGAAUCUGUAAAAAUCACGAUUGGCAUUUCUUCUAUUUUUACAUUACAUGCAAUGUAACAUUGAUCGUAUUUAUUUUUUUCUGCACAGUAAAAACAGAUAAUGCUUCAAAUCAAUCUGUUUUUUAUUAUCAUGAUAUAAAAUUUUUUAUUUUAUCAUUUUUAUGGGGUUAUAAAAGAAACGCGUCUUUUAAUCACGGACUUACAUUGCAUUAAGUCUUUAUUCUCCGUCUUUAGUACCUUCAGUAUUUUUGAUACCUGUCUAGUUAGGCAUCGUGAUAAAGUAGUCACCAGGCGUCAUUGAGACUUGCUUUCUUUUAUAUGCCUUCCUUCUGACAUACUUAAAAGGUAAAAGAGAAUUUGACCAGAUAUUGAUACAAGCAAUAACAUGCAAAGUCAUAUGUAUGAUGAGAUAAUGCUUUGCUGUCACAAUUUUUCUACGUUGAAAAUAUUUACCGUUUUGAAAAUGUUUGAAUAUUAAAAUAGAAAUAACAUGCUUAUAAGGAACAUGUUUUGUUUCCGAUAUAUUUUUUAUAUGAUUCUAUUAUUUGAAAAUAUAAAGCAGUUUUUAAAUUUAGAAUGACAAAGCUCGAAAUAAAGAAACAGAAUAGAAAAAAUCGAUUAGACUUAAGUAAAAAGAAAGAUUAGACAACAGUAGAUAUGUAUGAAACUAGAGUAUCUGAAGAGUUAAAAAUUCAAUCUAUUUUGGAUUUAGUUUAUUACUUAUUUGUUUCUGUUUUUUUUCUCUUUGUAACGUUCGUUAAUUUUUGAUCAUGUCGCAGUUUAUAUAAGUUUAAUUUGCGCGACCCUUUUUCUUGUUUUCUUGACUUUUGUUCUCUGCGCUUUUGUCACAUUCAGGAAAAAUACGAGCGAAAAUUAUUACCGUUAUUACGAUCGACUUGCAUGCUCCUCGUACGCAUCUGCUAAAAGUCCCUACAGCCAAAUCAUGAAAAAAAUACUCAGGCGAUGCACGCCGUUCUAUUUCUAACUAUGUAAGAUAAAAAGGCUACAAGACUGACGAUGAACGCGUGUGACGCUUCAUGGUAUUUUCGAAAAGAUAGUUAACGGCAUUCUCAUUUCAUCAUUUUCUUGGCCGAUUCGUUCUUCAUAUUCUUAUCUUUAAAAAAGAUAUCACUUCGACAAAGGAGUAGAAAUAUCAGUAAGCGUUUCUUUUGAUCGUAUUUUCCUUCAAUUCGUAUUUUUCAGUCGUACUUCUUUUUUUAAUCAUUUUAUUCGUGUGUCUAUUGAAAAAGACUUUUAAAUUGAUCACACCGAUCCCUUUCAUGACUCAGCGGCGCUUGAAAUUUUUACUGCGCAGGAAUUGUCUUCACCCUGCGGAUAUUGUCAUUGUUCCGCGCGUUUUCGUAGUCAACACUUCGCCUCUUGUCCUGUCCGGUAAAGGAAGAGCUCUAAUGGUCGACGUAUGCUGUAUGCAUUACGGAAAUAGUAAGGGGGAGAAGAAGCUGAAGGAUAAACGGAGAUCGCAGUAAGAAAAACAGUCGGGUAUGCACAAGGAAUGGAAGCGAUGCCGAGAAACUGUAUCCUGUGAAUAUCAGUGAGCGUCGUCCUUGCGGAGAUAAAGAUCCCAUUUUGCCCCUUUCACUCUUCCAUUUUUGUUUACUACUUCUUCAUACUUUUACAUUUCUCGUAUAUACCGGAGAUGGUUCAUUCCUCAUACGAAAUUUUGCGCGAAUGUUUUACACUAGUUACGUCUGUCGUGGCAAAGUUACUCCCGACAUAUUUUAAUUGAUGGAAUAUUCUGCGAAGAGAGCAUUUUCUAUCACUUUAUCAGAUCGUGCUGUAACUAGCGGAGAAGUUAAACUUGUAUCUAAUGUAAUAUACGUAUUAUUAGGUCCGAUUUACGAAGUUACAAAUUGACUAGACCGAUAUGCUGGCGAAUAUACGCAGCUAAAGAGACACAGACAAGAUAUACCCUUAAUGCGUUAUCCUGGAAAGGUAAAUCACGAUUUCCCUCCUUCCCGUUUCUACUUUUUGCUGCUCCCGUCUCCUUUCCUCUGUCCAUCUUCCCUAUCGCUUUGCCAGAUGCACAGCGAACUGGCAGUAUCCUUCGGAGAGAAAUGGGUACAUCGUCGUCGUCGCCGUUGUCGUCGUCGUCGCUGUUGUCGGUGCGGAGAGUCGACGGAGGAUACGAGAAAGCGGCAGGAGGGAGCAGCAGGACCGCGCCGAUGUUCCUGGGGGAGAGUAUAGUAGGAGACGAGAGCGGGAGUGAACCGAGUGGAACAGAGAUGGACGAGGAGGAGGACGAGGACGAGGACGAGACGAGGUGGAGGAGGCGACGCCGGGAGUAGUAGUCGGUCGUGCGGCGCAGGCGUGCGGCUCGUCGCGGCUCGAAUCCCGCCGUAUUCCAAAGAGGAACACGCCACUCCGCCCCCGGCACGGCAGCCACGCGUCAGUCUCACCCGACUGACCUCCUGUCCCUAACUUCCCUCUUCGAUUCCUGACCCGCGCACAUUGAACUCACGCGUUCGCUGUUCGCCGGCAGGAAGUAUCACGCGCAUAUUUCGCUCGCUCGUAAAGUUCGGCGACAAGUGUGCCCUUCGAGUAUGGUAUCCGUCACUGAUCCGUGAACGAUAGAUAUUGUCGGUCGGAAAAGUUUGAGGACGACGAGACGUUACUGUAAGCUGGGGCUACCUGUCAUCGUCUGGAUUAAGAGUGCCGGGAAUCUGAGGAGACGACUUGAGAGAAUCCGCGCGGAGGAUGAUUGAGUAGAAGUGAACGAACCUGUGCGUUUGGUGAAUCGGAAAGACAAGACUGCAAGAAUGACAGUGAAAAGAACGCUUAAGAAUUGGAAGAGGUCGAGGAAGGCGAACGAUACUUGUUUGAUCGCGAUUCGAAGAGAUGCGAUAGUUGUUUGAAAUCCGGAAGUUGAAAUAAAUAUCUCAAAAAAUAAAUAAAUAAAGGAAAAUGACCGGCUUAUUGUUACGAUAAUAGAAAUCUAUUUCAAAAUCAAGAUUAUAAAAAAUUUUAGGAACAGAUUGACCUAUUGAUCCGUUUUCAACAUUUUCAAAUAUUUCAAAGUUUGGGUGAUGGAUAGUGUGUGGUGACGCGUAAUGAAGAUCAUCUCUUGUGACGUUAACUGACGAAAGAAUACAUGUACCGACGAAAUUUUGUUAUAAUUUAGUGAAAAUCAGGCGUUGACAUAGCUGCAGUGUUUUUUUAGUUAGUGAACAGAUUAAAGCCGACGUCUGAUUAAAAUUUUGAUGCAGUUUAAACAACCGGCCACGUGUCUAGAUAUAUGUUUGCAUCUUUCGCUGUUCAUCAAACGUUGAAAAUUUGGAACUGAAAUAAUGAUCAAGAAUACCGAAUCAUUAGAAAGAAGAAUAAUUCUGUUGAAUAGCGUAAUGAAGAAUAGUAUCAAUGUAAUCAACAAAAGUUACAAUGUCUGUAGUUGAUUUAAAGUAUAUUUAGAAACUUUAGUGAAUAUCGUCAUUUUUAAUAAAUAUAUCGAAAAUUACCGGUAACUUUAGUAAAGAAUAUCAUGAUGCUGUUGACGAUCGUCGAUACAGCGGCUUGAAGAUUUGUUUGAAACAAUUGUUACGAAAACGACGAAUUUUUCGAAAAAAAUAGACAUUUCGCUAGUGAUAUCAGAAACUAAUUUAAAAGUGGCAAUGAGUUUUUAUUUUAAUUGGUGAUACAACGGAAUUGCUAUUAUUAAUAACGACCGAGACGCACGUGAUUUACAUGAAUUUAUACAUGUGCAAUUAAAAUUAGCGUGGAAAGACAUAAAAUCGAUUGUCUGUAAUUUCGAAAUAUUAUUUGAAUUAUUAAAGCCGGUGAUUGAAAUUUAAACGGCCUAGAGAACGACGCGACAAACGAACAAAAUCCGUGCCAUUGUUUCGCAAAAUAUCGAACUUUGCAUCGAAUUAUCAGCGACCUAUAAAAUCGUUAAUACAGACGCUACGGAAAUAUAAAUAACUUGUGGAAUUCAGUGUAUAAUAUCAUGCGGGUGAACUGUAAUCAUGAAUUUAUCAGAAGGACGGAAUUUAUCGAUUUUCUUACACGAGGCAAAUGUCACGCACUAAAUGCUCUUGAGUAGUGGUUUUAUGCCAGUGACCGUGUUAAUAUUUUAAGUAGUUAAUAUUUAAAGUAUCAAAGAAGACUCGUUCUCUCAUCAGAAAAUACCUUCGACAUUAAAAUAUUGCGAGUUAGAUACUUUUGACAUGGAAAUUUUGCGCUUAAUCAGACAUCAAUAGACUCACAAUACUUUGGAAGAAUACUCGUGGAGUUGCACUCGAUCAAGGCGAUGCUCGCGAACUUGGACACCUGAUCGGCUGUGUCCUCGCGCCGAUAAAACCAAAUGGGCGAGCCGAAGCCCGCCGUCUCUCCGCAGCCCAACGGCGGAGUGAAGCAGAAACCGACAAGUCUGAACCUCGCGCCGGGUCCCGGCUUCUAUCGCAAUGUGAACGGACGCGCGAGCCUGAAUGAUCGUCAUCUACAGCACGUCACCGCUCUCAUCGGCGGUGGACGCACCGCACACGUCAACAAGUCCGCCUCGCCAAAUUUUGCCGCUGCAAUCAACAACUCCGAGCUCGGUGGCGGCGGUUCAGCAAAUACCGUCCAACUACCAGCGUUACCAACAGUACCACCAUUAUCAGCAAUAUCCUCAGCGUGGUCGUUGUCUGCAGAACUUGAAAAUUUGUUGGAACCCCCGCCUCCACCGGCCCCAACACACUCCUCCCCCUCAAAUCGAGCAAGCUCCGUCAGUAACAACGAACAUCAACAGCACCAGAACGAACAGCAGCACAACAAUUUGCGAUCGUCCCCGAUCAAUCAGCUGCCCACCCGUAGCCCGAGUCACAAUGGUCACGGGUUCCCCCUCUACACACCACCUGCCCCGAUACCAGCAUCCGGCGCAAAUAAAGUUCGCUCUACACCCAACGGGUUACCACACCCAGGAGCAUCGAGGCGUCCUCAUAGUAUUGCCGCUCCACCAUUCCACGGUGUCCAACACCCCCUUGGUCAGCUCGCUGGUAGAGCAGCCGCAGCGACACCAUUACCAUCAGCAGCACCAGCACCAGGAGCAGCAACACCGACAGCGUGGGGCUCAGGUGCUGCAACACCAAAUGCAACCACAUGCGGUGUACCAGGAGUGGUACAACGGCGUGCCCAUUCGGUCGCCGGUACUCCAGUAUCUCUAUCCACCGGCAACAAUGGCAUCAAUGGCGGCAUCAACGGUCAACAGGAACCAAGGAGUAACGGUCCAUCAGCCGGCGGCGUCGGCGUCGGUGGCGGCGGCAGCGGCGGCAGCGGCGGCGGCGGCGUCGUGGUAUCCGCGACUCGCAGCGCUGUACCACCCCAAUCUUUAUGGAACGGCCAACAACCCUUACCUAGGCGGCCUCACAGCAUCGCCUCAACACCCGUUACAGCUGCAACAGGCUUGCCUCCAGCUACAACAGCAACACCAACAAACGUAUCCGCGACCGCUCGCACACCAGGGGAGCCUAUACAGUGGGGUGCCUCCGGGAUGGUUCUACAUCAACCCAUACCUCGUAGAGCGUACGCCUCGACCAUGCCACAUCCCCAGCCACCCACGCCCACGUCACAAGGGCCCUGUCUGAGUGUACUGAAUAAUCCUGGAAACUCCAACACCUGGACAUUGGGCGCCGCCGCUCUUCGGCCCAGACCUCAUAGCAUCGCUACGACGCCGCAGGGGGCACCGCAGAUGCCACCCGCUUCCCCCUCAGAUUCUGGAUACCGAUCGUUACCCUCAGCCGCUAGUGACUAUCAAAUCCUUAAAUCGCCGUCGAAAUCUCAACAAAAUCAACAGCAACAGCAGUCGCAACAACAGAUUCAUCAGAGUGCCGUGCGACGACUCUCUUUGCCGUCAGCUCAGACAUUGCUUCGCACAUCCGCCCCCCGACCUAGUCCUACAUUUCACGGACUCCCCUUCCGACCAUUCACGUGUGGUGUUUCACCGAACGGUAAUCCGAUCUUCCUCGGCUGCACUCAUCUUCACAAUAGCAACUCCAGCAGUGGAAGCACGAGAACUUCCACUCCGGCAACGAGCCCGGCGACGCCGCUCACCACGUCGCAGGCAAUACAGCAGCUAUUGGCGCAGCCGAGGAACGGUUUCAAGAUCAUGGAUGAUAAGGUGUCGUUAUUCAUAGAGAUUCUCGACACGCAGGAAAGAUUCGCUAAGGUAUGUAAUCAGUUCUCUUGCGGUAUUGCUGCUAUUUCGGUGAGUCUUAAAAUAAUGUUUUCUAAUCAACUAGAUAGCCAGGCUAUUUGGCAUUUUUUUUAAAUAACGGGGUGCAAUAAGAGGAAAGCACAACAAAAGUGUUUAAAUAUUUAGAAACAUUAUUAUAUUUAAUAAUAUUAAUUUUAUCAUUUUUAUACUUAUGUGUGUGUGACUAUUAACAUAAAGAAAUAAUUUUAUAUUCUUGUCUUUAGUUAUUUAUCAAGAAUGUUACCAAAGUAACCAAUAUAUUUAAAUUUUGUUUAUUUAACAUACGUAAAUUAAAUUAAAUUAUUUUUUUUUCUCUAAUCCAAAUGAUCAUAUCAUAACACAUAUGAGUGUAUAUUUCUAAAAUAAUAUAAAUUUCUUUUAUAUUUUUAAAUUUAAGUAAGUUCUUCUAUGAUCAUUAACGAUACAAUCUUAAGCAAUGUCUGGUAGAUAAUGUCGUAUAUGUUGUACAGAUAUCUUUUUACUGAUUACUGAACGCGGUCGAUCUGGCGUGUCCUAUCACCUUUUAGAAAGACGCACGAAGUCGAUGAUACUCGAACCGAGGACAAGAUAUCUCAUCCCCACAAUUCUUUCGUUCGCUUUUGCUGUGCAGUUCUUAGAUGCAACCCUGUCCCCUCGACCGUUGCGUCUGCCGUGCCACUUUAUGACAAUGCAUUUCCCAUUCCAUCUAUCUGUUUUCCACAUGAGAAACCUGAAUGCCAUCGAUAAAAUAUUAAGGGCGACGAAUACACAUACCCAUGGCAGAGUUGUAAAAAGAAUGUUUAAAUAGGUACCAUGAUUGCCGUUUCAACAGGGAAGUUGUUUUAAAAUGCGAAAACGAUGGUGUAGCAAUCUUUUUUUAUACUUUUCUGUUCAAUGAUAAUUUAUCGCUUUUCUCUUGCAAGAAGAGAAACGUCAAUAUAUUGUUAUCUAUGUUGAAGCUAACAUUUUAUAUCAAUGUUUCCGUUGGAAUUAUGACUGUUACACAAUGAUAAUUAGCAUCUGUUUAAAAAAACAGAAAAGAGUCGAACUAUCAAAAGUUGAUGCAUUUAAGAACAUGAUAGUUAUUGAUAUCAAUUUGAUCACUAAAAUUUCUUCUGACUUUUAUUUGAAAAAAUUUUCUCAUAUUAACAAUAAGUCAUGCUCACUUUACUUCGAUAAAAUGAUUUUAUAAUAAAUAUGUUUACGAAGAAUAUCAGAAAGAAAAGAGUAACAAUUUGUCCUGACAAUUUUCAUGAAAUGGAAAAAAUGGUUACUCUUAUCUUUGAAAAAAUUAAAGCUAUCAGCGAUAUGAUAUUACGAUAAAUUUAUAUUAUUACUCUAAUUUUUAUAUUAGCUUAGUUCGCAAAUAUAAUAAAUGAUCUUUAUUCUUUAAUUGGACGUUCAAACUUUUAUUGUUUCUUUUAUCAUUACUAAAAAUUAUUAUUUAAAGAAUACAUGUAGAAUUAUUCAACAGAUUACUUCUAAAGUUAAUACAAAUAUAAAAAUGGAAAAUCGAACUUCCUAUUAUGUUUAAAUUUAAUUUAGUACUUGGAACAAAAAUAACAAAUCAAUCUUAAUAUACUUUUGUUGAUUUUGAUAAAGAUUUCUGAUUUGAAAAAAAAACUGUUACGUAUAAAUUUGUGUAUUGGAUCAAAAUAAUUUAUAGCAAUUAUGGCUGUUAAAAGAAUAAUAGAUAGAAAAGAGAUUUCUAUUUUUAAGAAAUCGAAAUAUAGUAACCUUACGGAGCUCAUUCUCGAGAAAAAAAAAAGAUGUUGGAAGGCAGCUUGACGAAAGGGCAUCUAAACAAUGUAAUUUGUCGGUCCCGGAACAGUGGGAGCCAUUAAUUCACAAAAUUAGCCGGAUAAAUCGAGAACCGGAGCGGUAGAAAUCUUCGAGUGGAUAACAACCGGCCGCCGGGCGAACGCUGCAAAGAAUGCCCGGCUACCAUUAUUGGUUCGAAGAAAAUGCCGAAUCACCGUACUUUCAACGCAUUCUUUCGCUAGAUGAGAAAUUUACUUUCUUGCAGCUUAGAUACCAAACGAGAGUAUACGAUAAAUCGCGACUGCACUUGAAAGUUACAAAUGAAAAUCGUCGUACAAUAAAUUAGUCCGUUCUCUAAUUGCCUGUUCGUAUGUCCGUACGUUUAUUUUACGAUAGCUUAACCAGCUUUGCAAUUAUCCGAUUCAUUUAAUACUUUCUAAUUUGCUUUGGCAUUUCACCAAUUCAUGUCAAUAAUUGAUUUGAUUUGACAUUUUAAAUUUAUAAUUGAAAUCGUGAAGUUCGUACGUAUCAAAAGUUUUAUAGUGCUGAUAAACACUGAAGUAUAAAAUAACAUUUUUCGAAUCAAGAUAUUUAAUAAUUCGGCUAUUCUAACAGACAGAAUUUUAUAUUGUUAAUGUAUGAUAUAUUGUUAAUUAAAUUUUAUACGAGUUACAAAAUGAAACAAACUAAUCGUUUAACCGUGGCGUGUCAAAGACCUGAAAAAAGAAUUGAAUUUUAUUCCGUGCGAUUUAGACUUUAGUAAGUAGAUCAAUAGAAAAGUUCUCUAUCAAGGUUUCAAACUCAUAUCGUUCAAACUAUCUAUAAUUCACAGGUUGUACUGAAUCUUAACAAAGUCCUUUGCGCGAAUUUCAAGCAUCAAGAGCUCGUGAAAGUAGUCAAGUUAAUUAACCGCUUGUAACACGAACGAGCGCCCUACAUCAAACACUGCCUUAAUGUCAUUCUGCAACUCGGCAGAAAUUAAAGCCUUGGACAGGACAAAGGCAUAAACAUUUUUAAACGACGCAACUUGCGCGCUGCUGUCUUUUACGAUCAGCGUUCUCGAACAAUAUUAAAAAUUCUCGCUAUGUCGCGUUCGACAUUCGAUUCGCGUCACGCGCGAUGAAUGUAAUUCCGGAUUUAUUCUCAUGGUAUUUUAUUCUAAUUGUGUGCCUUGUUUUUUUUUUACUCUAAAUAAGCGUAUUUAACUUAUGACAUUUCAAAGACUUCCCUUUCGGAGUAAAUGCCCGCCUUUACCCAUUCGGGAAAUAAAAAGUCGCGAGUUAAAAUGAUGGAGAGAUACAAUCUUCGAUCGUUCUAUUACUUCUUUAUUAUAAAUCGUCCGAAGACAAGGCCGUAUAUCGAAUUCUGAUUGUUUCAUUACUUGCUUUUCGUUCGCCGCAGACUGCGCAGGACAAUCGAGUUACGUACAAUCAGAAUUCUCCAGCAUGUUCUAUAUAAUAAUCUGACAUACCGCAGGGCGGGGAUUUCGCGAAGAACGAUACAGAGCAGAGAUUCCCUUGGCUAUAAAUCCUUAUUUCAGUAUCUGUACGGAGAUAAUUAAUGUCCAUGCGUACAAGUUUGAGUGCGCACACCGUGCCGGGUAGCGAAGGUGCCAUAGCGACAGCAUACAUAUAGCCGAUUGUUCGAUCUCACGUUUCGUCGGAUGCUUUCCCCGACGGAAUUGGAAUUAAUUUGCCCGCAUUUUAUAAUACAAUCGCGCCGGGGCAAUUUAUAACGACAAUAUUUUAAAAUGCAACGCAGCGGAGGCGUCAAAAUGAAUAUGCGUUGCUGGUCUCAAUCCACAUUGUCGUAUUAGUCAUGCGAGUGUUUGUAUUAAACAGAAAAAAAUCUAUAAGAAUAUUUUCUCCCCUUGUAAUUUUCUUUUCCAACGUUUUUUGUUAAUUUGCACAAUUUUUGCUGUUGGAAAUGUAUGAUUACUAAGAGUGUGUGGGUAUCCGAAAUUACGGGCUUUGGGUCGGGUCGGGAUUUUUUUUUCGGGAUCUGGUCGGGAGCGGAAAGUUUGUAAAGUUUGGAUACUCGAAAAAUUUUGGCUACCUGAAACUUACGGGUACUCGAAAUCGAGUCGGAAUUCGAAAUCAAGACAAAAUGCCAAAAUUUUGUGAAUUUUGAGUACUCGGAUCUAAAAUUGGAUCGAGUACUCGCGGUCAUAGAUCUAAAUACCUUAUACACUGAUGUGAGAAAAAAAUUACUAAAUUUUAAUAAUUAUUUAUUUGAAUAUUGCCCCAAUAAAAUUUUUUCCGAAUGUAAAUAUAUAUUUAUUUAAUAUAAGGAGUAACCACUAAUUUAAUUAUCAUUUUUUAUUGAAUAAAUACUUAUGUUCUGCAGAACAUAAGUAUUUACUUACAUGUAAGUAAAUAUUUCAUUGGCAGUAUUCCAAUUUAGUAAUUCAAUAUAAACGAAAGUCCUUACGUAAAUUUAGUAAUUUUUUUCUCACAUUAGUGUAUAAAGUAUCUAGAUCUCUAACCGCUACUUGACCCGACUUUAGAUCCGAGUACUCAAAAUUUACAAAAUUUUGGGAUUCCCUUUCGAUUUUAAAUCCCGACCCAAUUUUAAGUUCCGACUUGAAUUCGGGUACCCGAAAAGUAGCCAAUCGGACGAACUUUUUCACACUGAUACUCGAAUUUUUACUUUACAUUAAAAGUUACUUGCCUCCACUUUUAGACCAUACUUUGAACCAUUUUCUAGUAAAACGCCUUAUUAUAACUUCGAACCAUUUCUCUUUCGACAUAAUCGUAGUGUAUAUAUACAGACUGCAUUUCGUAUUUCACAUCAAGAACUUCGAUGGAACUGCAACUCGCUAAACUAAGAGGGUAUCUUGAUUCCAUUGUAUCUUGAAGUUUUGUACGGCGCCGAGUGUUUCUUCAUGCUUUAACUUUUUGUAGUUUACUGCAACUUUAGAACGACAUUGUACUUCUCUUUUACAAUCGCAAGACGUCGGUAAGCAGUAUUUCUUAUCGUUGAGGUUUACUUCGCGUCAUGAUUUUUGAUCGUUUAAUGCAGUACAUAAAUGUUAUAGUUAUUAUUUCAUAAUGUCAGUCUUUGAAAUUGCGAUUGAAGGGAUUCAGAAGAUGUAAUUUGAUCUAGAGAGAGAGCAAGUCAUAUUGGUUCUACACGCAUUAUGAUGACUACUGAAUAGGUAUAGAACAAAAUUAAAAAAAAAA